CAAGAAGUGAGCAGCUUCGUGACAUUCGAAUAGUGGUGAAGAAUAACCGGUGAUAGCCGUCAAUUUUCCAAAGUUUGAAUUUUAAUUCUCAUGUUGCAGGAUCUCGCGAUCGUGGAUUAUUUUACGCGCAAAAAGUGGUGAAAUAUAAUAAAAGUUUGUGAAGUGAAAGAUGGGAAAGGCAAAAAAAGGAAAGCGUACUGACAAGGACGAUGAAGUUGACAGCGACUUCGAAAUUGAGGAACAAGUCAACAAUGAGUCAGCAAAGUCAAAAUCGAAAGCAAAGGACAAGAAGAAGAAAAAGGGCGACGAUAUUGACGAAAUAACGGAAGAACUGGGCGAUUUAAAAGUUGAUAAAAAACCGGCGAAAAAAGAUAAGAAGUCUAAAAAAGGUGCCGAAGACUCAGACGAGGAAAUUGAUUCAGCAGUGAAAUCGAAAGGGAGGAAAGGUUCCUCGGCGCCAAACCUAGAAGGAUGUUCAGAUUCCGAGGCUGAAAUCUCGAAGGCAAAGCAAAAAAAUCGAAAAAAAGGAAAAAAAAAUCAGGAAGAGAGUGAGGAUGAGGAUGAGGAACCAAGACAGAAGGCAAAGAAAAAUAAGAAGGGAAAGAAGGGUCACGAUGAUAGUGAGGAUGAAGAGGAGGAGGAUCAAAAGCCGAAGGGAAAAAAGAGUAAAAAGGGAAAGAAGCAAGUGGAGUCUGAUGAUUCUGAUUUGGAUGCAAAGAAGCCAAAAGGAAAAUCAAAAAAGGGUAAAAAGAAUGUGGAUUCUGAGGCUUCUGAAGAUGAGGAAGAAUCUGUGAAGGGAAAAAGUAAAGGAAAGAAGGGAAAGAAGGUUGAUUCUGAGGAGGAAGUGGAGGAGAAGAAGGGAAAGGCGAAAGGGAAAAAUAAAGGGAGGAAAGCUUCGGAGUCUGAGGAUGAUUUUACGGCUGAAAAGGCCAAACCUGCGAAAGGAAAUAAAGCUCCAGUUGCGAGAGGAGGAUUUGCUCUUCUCGAUGUUGAAGGAGACGACGAUGAUGAAAAUGAUGAGGAACCACCCUACGAGAGUGAAAAUGAAUCUGAAAAAACCACGAGUGUUGACCGAUGCAAAAAUGUGAAACCACAACCGGCGCAAGAUCCAAAGAAAGGCAAAAAAGGAAAGAAAAAACGUAAUGACAGUGACGAGGAUAUUGAUAAAGUCCUGGCUGAACUAGAAUUGGAAUAUGCUGGACAAAAGAAGGAUGCUCUGGAAGUUGCAAAGGCAGAGGAGGAUGACAAGAAAAAAGGAAAGGGUAAAGAAAAGGAAAAGAAAGUGGAGAAAAAUGAAGGAAAGGAUGAAGACGACCAAGAAAGUGGUACUGUGAAAUCCGCUGCUCAGAAAAAGAAGGAAAAGAAGGAGAGGGAAAGGCAAAAGAAACUCGCCCAGAAGAAAGCUGAGGCGGUUAAAAAAGGAGACGAACCGAAGACCGAAAAACCUGAAAACGAAGCCAAGGUAGAAAAGGCAGCAGAAAAGGCUGCUGAUAAAAUCCCAGAAGAUGAUGCUGAAGAAGGUGAAAGUGGCACGAAGAAAAAGAAAGGCGCCAAGGAAGAUCCGAAGGAUAAAGCAAAGGGACCUAGCAAAAAGGCAAUUCAGUUGAUGCAGGAAGCGUUGAAACUGGCAAAGGAGGAGGAAGAGCGAUUGCAGCGUGAGGAGGAGGAGAGAAUUCGGCUUGAGGAAGAGCGAGAGGAUGCUCGUUUGUUGGCAAUUAAGCUUGAGCAAGAAAAAAAAGACAAGAAGAAAUUGAAGGAAAAGCAGAGAAAAGAGAGGCUGAAGGCGGAAGGAAAAUUGUUGACGCCAAAGCAAAAGCAGGCACAGCUUCGGGCACAGAUGACACUUGAAAAUCUCAAAGCAAGUGGCUUGUUGCCCGAUCCGGUGGAGAAGAAGCCGAGACCGGGCACCCGGAUAAAGCCGGCGAAGAUGAAAUCGCAGACGAGUACGGAGGAGAAAGAUGAGAAAAAGGAGGAUCGGACGACUGAGGUCCAGGUUGAAAUUGUAGAUAAGCAGCAGAAGGUCGAGGAAGAGAAGGAGGAUGAAGUCAAGGAUUCCUGGGAUGCGGAGUCGAGCGAUGAACCAGAAGAAGAUAAAUCUGAUGAGGGUUCCAAGGAUGAUAAGCAAAACUCGAAGGAAGCAACACCUGCCAAGGAUUCCUCGGAUAAUGAAUCUGAAUCUGAUAGUGACUCAGAGAGUGAUGAGGGAAGUGAUGAUGAUAGUGGAGCAGAUGACAAAAUAUCGGAUGCUCAGCGGAAAAAGGAAAAAGCCAGGUUGAGAAUAGAAAGCAGGAGAAAGGAGGCUGACAAGAAAAAGACCCUGGAUGAUCUGAGAGCUGGGGUUGUCUGUGUUUUGGGUCAUGUAGAUACCGGAAAAACGAAAAUCUUAGACAAACUUAGGAGAACGAAUGUCCAGGAUGGAGAAGCGGGAGGAAUCACUCAACAGAUUGGAGCCACAAAUGUUCCUAUCGAGGCGAUUUACGAUUCUACAAGACACGUGAAAGGGUUUGCAGACAAGCAAUUGAAAAUCCCGGGUCUUUUGAUCAUCGACACCCCCGGUCACGAAUCUUUCAGUAAUUUGAGAAAUCGAGGAUCUUCCCUCUGCGAUAUUGCAAUUCUAGUUGUAGAUAUCAUGCACGGUCUCGAGCCUCAAACAAUAGAGAGUAUCAAUCUUCUGAAAGCGAAGAAGACCCACUUCGUGGUCGCGCUUAAUAAAAUCGAUAGGAUCUACGAUUGGAAUUCGGUGAAUCGGAAAGAUGUACAAGACAUCAUCAAGACACAGUCGAUAAAUUCCCAGAGGGAGUUUGAAAAACGAGCCAAGGAGGUGAUUGUUCAAUUCGCCGAGCAGGGUUUGAACGCAGCCCUCUUUUACGAGAAUCCAGAUCCUAGGAGUUACGUUUCUUUGGUGCCAACGAGCGCCAUAACUGGAGAGGGUAUGGGAAAUCUUCUCGCGAUGAUUGUCGAACAUUGCCAAGGACCUUUGGCGAAGAAAUUGAUGUAUAGUGAAGAAUUGCAAGCCACAGUUUUGGAAGUUAAAGCUCUUCCAGGUCUUGGAACAACGAUAGAUUGUAUUCUAGUCAACGGAAAAUUGAGAGAAGGUGACACGAUGAUUGUUGCCGGAACUGACGGACCGAUCGUAACGACAAUUCGAUCUCUUCUCAUGCCUCAGCCAAUGAAGGAGUUGAGAGUUAAGGUCCUCGGAAAUAUAAAACUCGCCGAAAGGGGAGUUUUCGUCCAGGCUUCAACCCUCGGAGCUUUGGAGGCGCUUUUGGAUUUCCUCAAAACCAGCAAAAUACCGUACGCUGGAAUUCGUAUCGGUCCAGUUGUCAAAAAGGACGUGAUGAAGGCGUCCAUCAUGUUGGAGCACGAUAGCCAAUACGCGACGAUUCUUGCCUUCGACGUGAAAAUCGAGAAGGAUGCCCAGGAAUUAGCAGAUUCUAUUGGCGUGAAAAUCUUCCAGGCAGACAUCAUCUACCAUCUUUUCGACAAGUUCACCGCCUAUAGGGAGGAGCUCAGGCAACGUAAACGUGACGAGCACAAACAUAUCGCAGUCUUCCCCUGCAAGUUGAAAGUCAUGCCAACAUUUAUCUUCAAAACUCGAGACCCCAUCGUUGCUGGAGUGAUGGUGGAGGCCGGAAUCAUCAGACCCGGAACGCCAGUUUGUGUCCCCAGCAAAGAGUUCAUUGAUCUGGGAGUGGUGACGAGUGUCGAGAUGAACCACAAGCCAGUGGAGUUUGCCAGAAAGGGCCAGGAAGUUUGCAUCAAAAUUGAACCAGUUCCUGGUGAAGCGCCCAAGAUGUACGGAAGACACUUUGACGAAAAGGACUUUAUUAUCAGCAAGAUAAGCCGACAGAGUAUAGACGCUUGCAAGGACUACUUUAGAGAUGACCUCCUCAAAACUGAUUGGCAGCUGAUGGUAGAACUGAAAAAACUCUUCCAGAUUCUCUAAAAACCUAGAAUCCCUUAGUCGAACUUGAGAACUACGAAUUGAAAAUGGAAUCUGUGCCUCUCCAUUUGUUUAUAAAGCUCAUCACACAUUAAUCGAAUUGAAAUCAAACGCGAAUCGAAUCACUAUCGCUCACUCUCUUAUCAUCCAAGUGUUUUUUUUCUCUGGACUCAAAAACACAAAAGUGAGAUUUAAUCUCCCUCAUCAAAUCCGAUAAAACGCGUUUUAAAAAGUUCACAUCCGCGCAAAGCUGCAAAUACGCAGUCCUAAUUUAUAAGGAGUUCGUCUCCCUUUUUCUUGGGAUUUUUUUUUAUUUUUUCAGGACAAAUGGAGGAAUGAGAAAAUCGCCAAUAAGAGAAAGCAAGGCCUCUAGAAUUUUCAAAAAUAAAUAGGUAGAUAGAUAGGCUAGACUAGAUAGGUGUAACAUAUUAAGAAGGGUGAAACGAAAAAAUAAUUCGCAAUUAACAAUGCAAUAUUUGUUAUUAACGCUUUUUCCAGAAAUCUGCGCCUGAAUAUUUCCCAAAAAAAGAGAUUCAAGUUUUUAAAAACGGAUCUUUUUAUCUCAAUGAUCAGAUUUUUUUAAAUUUUGAGUGGCGCUGCUUUUUGGUAAAGUUUUUUCGCGAACGAUCUGGUGAAUGAUUAUUGAUUACUAUUUAAAAAAAAUGAUUAGGAUAAACCAUUCUACAGUGGAUAAUAAUUAAUUAAUAGCGCAAAUAUACGUAAAAUAAUAAACUUUUUGCAUACAUUAGUAUUUUUAAUUAUUCAUUAUUGACUUUAGGAAGGUUCCCUCUAUAUUAAAAAAUAUAAAUAAAUAGUGUACGCAAGGAAAAUCGUGAAGUGUGAAUUCUGUGUUUUGUACUGGUAAGCAACUUUAUAAAAAUUGUAAGAGAUACUGGCGACAAAAAUUCAACAUCGAGAAAAUAAUAAAGAAGGUAAAGUUUCAACAACAUAA